AUGGUACUCGAAUUCAUUUACGAUCCCGAGUUUCCAGACACAUCGCACUUCCGCUCGGGUCGAGGCCGCCACUCGACCCUAAGAUGGAUCAAAGAAGAGUGGGGAACCUCUCGCUGGUUUUUGGAAUUCGACAUCAGGAAGUGUUUUCACACCAUCGACCGACAUCGACUCAUCCCAAUCUUUAAAGAAGAGAUAGACGAUCCCAAGUUCUUUUACCCCAUUCAGAAAGUCUUUUCCACCGGACGACUCGUAGGAGGUGAGAAGGGCCCUUAUUCCGUCCCACACAGUGUACUACUAUCGGCCCUACCAGGCAACAUCUACCUACACAAGCUUGAUCAGGAGAUAGGGAGGAUCCGACAGAAGUACGAAAUUCCGGUUGUUCAGAGAAUCGGAUCGGUUCUAUUAAGGACAGGUCGUAUUGAUGACCAAGAAAACUGUGGAGAAGAAGCAAGCUUCAAC